AACAGGCAGCGGCAUCUACCGGCACGAGUGCUCUCCGAAGUCACGUUAUUUCUCCCAGCUGGGAUCAGCUCAUCCGAGUCUUCAGUGUACCUAAUUACGUCAGUAUUACAGGUAGCGUGCUAAAGUAUCGCGUAGCGUAGUAGCCCCCACGAAAGGAGACGAUGAAAGCGUUGCCAGGGUCUUCCGAUCGCUCCUUUUAGAGUCGGUCACGCUUCGGCAUCGCUCGCAACCGCUUGGAAUCCACCAAUCCGACUCCCUAGCUCAGAUCCUCAAACGAUCGUUGACUCAAGAAUCGGUUUCGCCCAUGCAGCCUUAAUCGAAGAUGAGUGGUGCCCGGCUACCCGGGUUUCCCACCGUCUGGGAGCCCCACGGCGCGGACUCCCUGGUGGAGCUCUGCGCGCGCAGGGUCCUGGCGGAGCCGCGCCUACUGGCCUCGCUGCCCCUGGGGCUGCCCACCGCUCUCGGGGAAUGCCUGGCCAGCUCCUGCCAGGCGCCGCUGGGGGCGCUGCUCCGGACGGUGCGGCUGGAGAGGCUGGACCUCGCCGGGCGGUGCCCGUCGGACGCGGAGCUGGCAUUGGUGGCGGAGCAGCCGCUGCGCCAGCUCGAGAUGGCCCACUGCUCGGGCCUGACGCCGGGGGUUCUGCCCCUGCUGUCCCGGUUGGGCCCGACGCUACGCUGCCUGUCCCUUCCCGGGGACGUGCUGGAGGGCGAGAGCCCCGAGGGCCCCGACCUGUCCCCUCUGGCGUCCCUGAGCUGGCUGGAGCGCCUGAGCCUGGGCAGUCCCCAGCUGGGCAGUGGCCAGCUGGGGCCCCUGCUGAGCGUCCUGCCCCACCUGAGCCAGCUGGACCUGUCCCACUGCGGGGACUUGGGGAACCUGUCCUGCCUGUCCGGCCUGGCCCCGUCCCUGGCCUCGCUGGUUCUCUUCGACGUGCCCCGGCUACACUUGGCCAGGGAAGCCCUCUGCCGACUCACCAGGCUCAGGCACCUGGACGUAUCGCAGUCGCGUGAAAAGCAGGGCGAGUACCCGCAGCCGAGCGAGUGGCUGCUGGCCGUGGUCUCGAGCCUGCCCCUGCUGGCCUCCCUGGACAUCUCAGGCACCAACCUGGCUGGCACAGGGGUCCUGGCCGGGGCGACGCCUGUGGGCCAGGAGGGCUCCCAGCUGACGGACAUCCCGGGCCUCCAGCCGCGGGUGGGCAGGCCCCUGGACUUCUUGGGACUGCUCAACACGGCCCACGAGGCCUGCUACAGGCACCACAUCCCGGCAACCAGGGUUGCCGGAGAUGCCAGCGAGGAGCAAGUGCUGGUGGCGGCCCAGGUGUACCGGGACCGGCCGGAGCUGCUCCAGAAGGUGCUCAACGACCUGUUCCACGUGUUCCGCUACGAGGCGUGCAGCCAGCCCAGGCUGGCCCUGGACGUGGUCAUGGCCGCCAUGGCCAGGCACCUGCCGCACAAGCACAUCCAGAUUGCCGGCAGUGCGUCACUCUUCUACAUUGUGAAAGGCGAGGAGAAAGGCCACUUCAAUAUUGGCAUCCGACGAAAGAUCAUCAAAGCCCUCUUGGAUGCCAUGUGUUGCCACAAGAAUGACACCACUAUGCUGAGGAAUGGCUGUCUCACAUUGAUCCAUUUCAAGAUUCCUCAAGAUGUGCUGUUUGAGUAUGAGCGGCUGGUGGACAUGCUGCUACACAUGGUGGCUCAGGAGGAGCAGGACGAGUUUGUGCAGCGCAUCGGCAUCUACCUGCUUAACUCCCUGGCCUGCCAGGUGGAUGGUCUGCAGAAGAGGCUCGUGGGGGACAAGGGAGCUAUCACGAUCAUGCUGCAGCUGAUUGAGACAAGGCUCUUCCGGGGCUCCUCAGACGAAGUGAUGGAGGCCGCUUGGAGCACCAUGUGGAAUGUCACAGACGAAACGCCCAUCAACUGCCAGAGGUUUCUGGAUGGUGGAGGCAUGGCGCUGUUUCUCCAGUGUCUCCAGGCCUUCACUGAUAAGCCAGAGCUCCUUCGCAACAUGAUGGGCCUUCUUGGCAAUGUGGCUGAGGUGAAGGAGCUGCGACCACGGCUGAUGAAGGACGACUACCUACAGGUGUUCAGCGACCUGCUGGACAGCACGAGCGACGGCAUCGAGGUGAGCUACAAUGCGGCGGGCAUCCUGGCCCACCUGGUGUCGGACGGGGCGGAGCAGUGGGAGCGCCACGGCAUCCGGGCCGUGCGCAGGGACCAGGUACUGGCCCGCAUGGGCCGGGCCAUCGAACGCUGGGCCCUGCUUGCCAAGAGGAACAUCAACUACCGCUCCUUUGAACCCAUCCUGCGCCUGCUGGGGGUCCGCCACACACCGCAGGCCCAGCACUGGGCCGUCUGGGCCCUGGCCAACCUCACCCAGGUCUACCCGGACAAGUACUGCCCACUGGUUCAGGAGGAGGGCGGACUGGUACUGCUCCAAGAGCUGCUGGACAGCGACACCCCCUACGAGCGCAUCAAGGACCUCGCCCGCAUCAUUGUCGACCAGUGUGCCAGGUACGACAGACUCGGCUCCAACAUGGAGUCGUCAGAGGACACGGCAUGACCACUGGGGGUCCCUCGCCCGGGACCUGGGAAUGACCGCCGUCUCGUGCCGAGCGUUUGGUUGGGACUCGACGCGGGGGCCACGUCAGCGCCACUUGCCCCCGGAGCGCUUGGGCAAGCGGGCCGUGUGCGUGUGUGUACCACUAGGAAUUUUGUACAUAACAACCACCUUCCCAUAUCGUAGCCAAACUCCUCUCUGUAAAUACGCCCCGCGUGUGCGACGGAAGUUUUGGUGGGCCCGUCGAAGCUUCUUGGGCCCGUAACGUGCCGCGCAGGGUGCGACCGGGCGACCCGCGGUGGCCGGGGAAGUUGCCGUCGAACCCCGGAAGCAUAUAGGGACAACUCCAGAUGGCUUCUGGGAUUCGUUUGGGCGUUUCAUCACCACGAAAGAGCAAGACUUGUUUGUGGACGUCGGAUUCAUUUGCUCGUGGCUGCGAGCGCAAGCUCGCACUUUCCCGCCAUGCUCCCAUCGCGCGACUGUAUACUCCGUUGACUUCUAAGCCGACAGUGGGGUGAGAGCUACAUGCCUGCCCGACCCUAUUCUCUGUGCAAGAGCAUCUCACGAUGUGGCAAAAGAUGGGCGCGUGACCUGUCUAAGGAGCACGGAGAUUCCGCCGCACCGUCGGCUUAGGGGUGAACGUAGUAGGCGGGGCUUGGCUUCCAAAACGUCCGCUUUGUGCUCGUGGCUUUUCGAGGUAGCUUGACGAGGGACAUGGGGGUUUGUUUUAUUGUGCCACCAUUCAGUGAUCCACACUGAUCAGUUGCUUAAACCAGCUACCGCAAUCUUUCCAAGAUGUAUCUAAUGGCCAGAUGCUUUCAAAAUUUCAGAAUGCACAUAAUAAAGAUUAAACAUUGCUAAAAGUAAAAAAAACUUCACUCCUUUACGGCCGAGUGUGUCGUUGUGCCUCUUUUCCUUGGAACUACCAGAAAGCGUUUCAACAAAACUGCAAAACCAGGAGUCUCUCCCCAACUUUUAGUUUUUGUUACAUUAUAUUUUGCAACAGUGUCCAUCGCAGGUCCUUCAGUUAAGACAAGAUGACCGUCGUCCACUCUAAAGGAAAUUUUUAUUUCUAACUUUUCGCCCAGGUAGUAGUCGGAUGCCUGCCGAAAUUUUGAAAGCAUCUAACUGCAUCUUUGUGUUAAUUGAGAGCGUGUACAUUUAAGUAACUGUUUAAUGUGGCCCAAGGAAGGGGUGUCCCAAUUAAAUUAAUUGACCCGUAAGUUUAUAUCUGACUCAUUGCAAUAGCAAGAGGUUUAUUUGAGGAUGCUGUCAUUAAGAUAUCUUUGAGUGAAGUUUCCAGCUGUGCAAUGCUUUCAGACGGCACUAAGAAGUGAUUUUGUGGGUGCAAAGUUUCCCUCAGAUGAGAUGAAGUGCUUUGCCAGAACCCUGAAUGGAUUGGCAAAGGAGCCUAUGGUAUGGUGUUUUAACUGUUAAUAAAACGUGUGUCAUGAACAA